GUUAUCACCCACUACCGGGAUAUUGACCAUGGUAUGAUCAAAGCUAGACCUCCUACUCCUCCUCCCCAGCCAAAGCCUCAGCCUCGUGCUCCUUCCCGAGUCCGAGAGCGUGAGACAGAUAUCGACAUCUCUUUGUCAAAGAACAGAACCGAAGUAGAUGUCACUCGCACAUCGCGCACUCGUUCUCAAAGCCAAGAACGACGAUCCGACUACCGCGACGACGAACUUGUAGUUCGACGCGAGUCCGAAACAACCCGGCGUCGAGCCCAUUCAGCUGCUCCUCUGCCGACACCCAGUGCUGUGGACGAGGAAGGCGACUAUCUCACCAGCAAGAUCGACUCCCGUGGCCGAAUGGGCGAAGCCUGGGGCGGUGCUACCAAGGACUGGACCCUCGUUGAUGUUCCUCCAGGCACUGAGCGCAUUCGCAUGGAUGGAGUUGGCGGUGGAAGUACCGAGACAAACUGGACGAGGUACAGUGGUUCCAGGAAGAGCAAAUUCAUUCCUGAGAGGGAUGGCGCCCCUUCGCCUGCCCCUGCGCCCAUGCCAAAGCCCAUCCUGAAGGAUCCGUCACCCCCAGAUACUCGUGACCGUGUUAAUGUUUCCAUUUACGAUCGCGAGAGGGAAAUUGAUAUUGAAAGAACACGAGAAUCACGUUCUCGCCCUGCACCUCCACCUCCAAAGGAUAUGUGGACUGAGAUCACCAAGGACCUCGUUAUCCGUGAGGCUAUUGAGAGCUCUGGGUAUGAAUACGAGGAGACCAAGGAGUUCUACUACAUCAUGGAUUAUCUCAAAUACGAUGACGUUCUCCGCCUUGUUGACAUCUCUGAUGAGAUCCGACGAUCUCGAAAGCAGCGGGCGAGAGAAUUGGAGUAUGAAAGAGAAUACCAAUUCGACUAUGAACGCGAUAGUCACCGGCACAGCCACCCUCGCUGGGACGAGGUAACGGAACGCGAGACGUUUUAUGACACUCGCCCACCCCGAGGCUAUCUGCGUUAA